AAAAUGACAAAUAAUUUGAGACAACUAUUUUUAGUAGCCAUGACGACGGAGGGAGUACCAAUGUAAAAGAAAAUUCUGUUAUGGUAAAAGAAAAUUUCCUAAAAUAGAGUCCCAAGUCAUUAAGUACUCACUCCUACUAUAAUUCAAAAAUCUUGGUGCAGGGGUAGAAGGGCACAUUACAAUUGUUAGAAUCAUAGUAGAAAAAGAAUUCUAACACAGUAAUCUGUUCGGGAGUUUGCACUGAACAAAUAAAUAGGAUAAUUUCUUGGUUUUCCAGAGAACAUAUACCAGAAAAAUAGUUGCUUUCAACGGCGCUCCAUAAUAAGCACCACUAGAAACAAAAGAGAUGGAUGAGGCAAACAAGUCUUAUGGGGAAAUAGAAGAGAUUUUAGAUGACGUUGAGCAGAGGUUUAAGCAGAUCAAGAAAUUUGACCUACUUCCUCAUCCUCCCUAUGAUCACCAUUUUUUAACGUAUGACAGAAAUUUCAAAAACUUGGUAUCGGGAAGUACCUUUCACCAACGGAUUGAAAACGAAUGGCUUUCGUUGGAGAACAAACUUCCAAGUUCCAUUCUUGUUAGGUCUUAUGAGAAGAGGAUUGAUCUUAUGAGAGCAGUCAUAGUUGGUCCACCCGAUACGCCUUAUGCCCAUGGCCUCUACUUCUUCGACAUACUUUUUCCAAGAAAUUACCCUAAUUGUCCUCCAAGGAUUCACUACCAUUCUUAUGACCUUGACUUGAAUUCCUACUUGGAUCCCAAGGGCAAGGUUUUCCUUAGCCUCUUGGAAUAUGGGAACUCGGUGACUAACUGGUACUGCGGUGUUCAAGACAAGUGGAAUCUACAGAAGUCUGACAUAUUGCAAGUGCUCACAGCUAUUCAAACUUCAGUCUUGAGUGCCAACCUCUUAAAUCCUGGUGGUGGAGAAGGUUUGCGAGAAUCCAACAACUUAGAAUGGCUCAAAUACAAGAAAGCCUUAACCUUGACAUGCAAGGGCAUGCUUUAUAUGCUGAGGGAACCCCCUUUGAACUUACAAGAUUUUGUAGAGGGAUACUUUAGGACAAGGGCUCACUACAUUCUGUUGAACUUUAGGAAGCAAAUGGAUGGCAGUGACGUCAUGCUUAAACUUUUCCUUGAACUCUACAGGGCAUUUGAACAGAAUGGAACCUAUUGCAAGCAUCAUCUUUCGGGAGUACUUCAAGAAGCGCACCUGCCUGAAGAGGAAAAGACCAACAAGAAAGGGUUUGUUAAGAAUGUUGCAACCAUAUUGAAUGACUUCCUAAGCUGA